AUGGCCGUCCGAAGCUUUGUGGCAAGCCGUCCCGGCCGCCCUGCGCGGCGCUCGCGCACAACUUCGUCGAAAGGAUACUUGCGUGAGCGCAAAUCACGUAUUGACCGCAUUGUGGAUUUGGUGCAUGCCGUUACCUUUGCUGUCUGGCAGGCCUUGGUCGUUACGCCCACGGCCUAUGUCUGCGCUGUGUUCUAUGCCCUGUUUCUCUCACGCACAUCUCACCGCGUAAUUCUGCGCCUCUUUCUCCUCCUGCUCAUACAGGGUGCCUGCAUUUUUCUGGCGAUCUUCGCGUUCUUUAGCUUUUAUCAUGCGUGGGUACCCGAAGUCGCUCUCGCCAAGGAUGUAUGGUUCAAUAAUACACAGGUACAAAAUGCUUUCAGCGGCAUAUUUGAAGCUAGCGCAUCUGUGCCUCUUCAUCCCGGGCACGCAGACUUACCAGUGUGGCGCCAGGAGCCGGACGUCGACUUGUUCCUGGUUGAUCAGCCGUACGACGUGUCGCUCGAGCUGCGUGUCGCCGUUGGCGAAGAGAGUAAUUGGCUGGGCAACUUUAUGAUCGAUAUCGAGCUCCUGAGCCACAACGGCACAAGCUUAUACGAAUCAUCACGCCCAGCCCUCGUGGUGAAAGAGCCAUGGAUGCUACGCUGGGGCUCGCGUCUGUACCGUGCCAUCUCUCAGCCCGUAUUCAGCGAGCCGAUCGCCCCACUUCAGGUGGUGCGUGUCCCCCUCCUGCGCGAGAUCGUACCAUACGCAAGUGCUACCGGGCGCUGGAGUGAUCCCAAGUUUGUGCGGACCCGGGGCUACAAGGCCACGCGUGCCCAAGUCCAGCUCCGUUGUCCAAGCAACGGCUUGCUUUUGGAGCAUGCCACGCUCCGCUUCAAUGCGUACCUGACGGGUCUCCCGUACGUAUAUGGCACUGACCCCAGCUACCUCAUGUUCCACUAUCCUCUCUUUUCGUUUUUCGUAUUUUUGCUGCUCUUUAGCGGCAUUGAGUUCCUCGUGGCGGGCAGCCUUUGGCUGCUCGCUCUGGUGUACUACUCGUGGCAAUCUCCAUAG